AUGGCCGCAACAGUAGCGUCACUUUUCUCUUUGGAGGGCAGAAUCGCUCUCGUGACUGGCGGCACUCGAGGCAUUGGCCAAGCGAUGGCCAUUGCCCUCGCUGAAGCUGGCGCCGACGUUGUUCUGGUUCAGCGAGACACGUCGAAUACAGCAACCAAAGACCACAUCACCAACCAGAUUGGCCGCAAGGCAUGGAUUCACAUUGCCGAGUUAUCUGAUCGCAAGGCUGUUAAGGAUAUUGUACCGGCCUUGGUCAGCCAGGGAAUCAAGCCUGAUAUCUUGGUGAACUGCGCCGGUAUCCAGCGCCGUCACCCAAGUGAGGCAUUCCCCGACGAGGACUGGGACCAGGUUCUGAAUGUCAAUCUGUCCUCAGUAUUCACGCUGUCCCGUGAAUUCGCGGCCUCAUUACUCUCUCGUGAUCCUUCCCCCUCCGGUCACCGCGGUAACAUCAUCAACGUCGCAUCCCUCCUCACUUUCCAAGGUGGAAUCAACGUUCCAGCUUACGCAGCUUCUAAGGGUGGGGUUGGACAGCUGACCAAGGCUCUUUCCAAUCAAUGGGUGUCCCGGGGCAUUAAUGUGAAUGCAAUUGCUCCCGGAUACAUCGCCACGGACAUGAACGAGGCCUUGAUUAACGACCCCGAACGUAAUGCCGCUCUCCUGGCCCGUAUUCCUGCCGAGCGAUGGGGCAAACCUGAAGACUUCAAGGGUGUGGUGGUCUUCCUAGCUAGCCGGGCUAGCGGCUACGUUACCGGCGAGAUCAUUACCGUUGAUGGUGGCUGGAUGGCCCGGUAA